AUGGAAAACCCUUUUGGCUCCCUGGAGACAAACAACUUCCGUCCUUUCACUCCUGAAUCUCUGGCUGCCAUCGAAAGACUGAUUGCAGAGGAGAAGCAUCAGACCAAGGAGAAGGAGAAGGAACAUGAGGAGGAGGGAGAGAAAGAGUCAGAGGCCAAGGCUGAGAAGCCCCGACCCCAACUGGACCUAAAAGCCUGUAAUCAGCUGCCCAAGUUCUAUGGCGAGCUUCCCCCAGAACUGGUGGGGGAGCCAUUGGAGGACUUGGACCCCUUUUACAGAAAUCACAGGACAUUUAUAGUCCUGAACAAAGGGCGGACAAUCUUUCGGUUCAGUGCGACCCGGGCUUUAGGGCUACUCAGCCCUUUCCAUCCCAUCAGGAGAACAGCCAUCAAAAUAUCAGUCCAUUCCCUGUUCAGUUUCUUCAUCAUGAUGACGAUCAUCGUCAACUGUGUGUUCAUGACCAAGACUGACACUCCACCUGUUGUUGAGUAUGUCUUCACAGGUAUUUAUACAUUUGAAUCCUUAAUAAAAAUAUUGGCCCGAGGAUUUUGUCUAAAUGAAUUCACUUACCUUCGAGAUCCGUGGAACUGGCUGGAUUUUAGUGUGAUUUCCCUGGCGUACAUUGCAGAAGUUACUGCCCUACGUGGGGUUUCAGCUCUAAGAACUUUCAGAGUAUUUCGGGCCCUGAAAACAGUUUCUGUGAUCCCAGGCUUAAAGGUCAUCGUGGGUGCCCUGAUUCACUCUGUGAAGAAGCUGGCGGACGUGAUGGUGCUGACGGUCUUCUGCCUGAGUGUCUUUGCUCUUGUGGCCUUGCAGCUCUUUAAGGGGAAUCUUAGGAACAAAUGCAUUAAGAACUGCACAUUUUUUAAUGUGACCAACGUUCCCUAUGUUGAAAACCAGACGUGGGAUUUCUUACAGGACUUUCUAACUCAACAGAAUAACCCUAUAUGGUACACGAUCCAACCUGGCACAAAGGAUCACCUACUCUGCGGCAAUGGCUUCGAGGCUGGGAGCUGUCCCAAGGGCUAUUUCUGCCAAAAGAUAGGAGGCAAUCCAGACUUUAACUACACCAGUUUCGACAACUUUGGCUGGUCUUUCCUGUCUCUGUUCCGUCUGAUGACACAGGAUUACUGGGAGCGGCUCUACCAGCAGACCUUGCGAGCAUCUGGGAAAAUUUACAUGCUCUUUUUCGUGCUUGUCAUUUUCCUGGGGUCUUUCUAUCUGGUCAACUUGAUCCUGGCAGUUGUGACUAUGGCUUAUGAAGAACAGAAUGAAGCCACAAUGGCUGAAAUAGAAGCAAAGGAAAAGAAGUUUCAGGAGGCCCUGGAGAUGCUGAGGAAAGAGCAGGAGGUCCUGGCUGCCAUGGGGAUAGACACAAGCUCACUUCUUUCCCUUGAAAUGUCACCUCUAGCCUCCAAAAGUGCCAAAGACAGAAGAAACAAAAUGAAUCAAAUGAAAUCUGAUAACUCCUUAGAAGAUGUCAGCAGCCACCACCAGAGGAAAAUGUACUUAGACAUCGAUCAUGGUGUCCUGGGUCUUCUCCACACCAGUUCUUUCAACUGA